AUGCCAAACUUUACUUUCCCAAGAUGGCUAGGAUUCCAAUCAUCAGAUACCCUACAAAUGCACGGAUGUAGUGAUGCAUCACAACACGCAAUAGCUGCAGUCGUUUAUAUACGAUCUACAUCAAAGGAUGGAAAGAUUACUGUCACUUUAGUGGCAUCAAAAACGAAAGUAGCUCCCUUGAAGAAACAAACUAUACCUCGUCUAGAAUUAGCAGGAGCGGCAUUACUCGUUAAAUUAAUGGUACAAGUUUUGCAAGUAUUGGAGAUAAAAGGUAUACGUGUUUUUGGUUGGCUCGAUUCUUCUGUGGCUUAUACCUGGAUCACUAACCCUCCAUCGAGAUGGAAGGAAUUUGUUCAAAACCGAGUCUACUUAAUACAAGAUCAACUACCACAAGCCUCAUGGGGAUUAAUUCCUGGUGUCGAAAACCCAGCUGACUUAGCGACUAGGGGAAUAACUCCAUCUCAACUAUUGAACUGUUCCACAUGGUGGACAGGACCCAUUGGCUUUCUCAACACGAAUCAACAUGGCCAAAGGUACUCGAGUCUCACUAAAUUACUAAGAAUAACUGCAUUAUGCAGAAAAUUCGUUUCAUUGCUCAGAAAACGUCGGAAUUCCAGUGAAGAAAAAUCACUAAGCAUUACUGAAAUAGAACGCGAAAAAUUGUACUGGGUUAAAGCUAUUCAAAAGUCUUUCUUCUCUCAAGAGAUUAAGAUUCUAUCCCAAGGACAAUCUCUCCCAAAAUCAAAUCCUCUUCUGUGUCUAACAUCAUACCUUGAUAACCAAGGAUGCAUUCGUGUAGGAGGACGAUUGGAGCAUUCUCAACUAAGUGAAGGUUCUAAGCAUCCUCUAAUUCUCCCAAAGAACUCUGUUCUAACCACUUUAGUGAUCGAUGAUUCACAUAAGCGCACCCUUCAUGGAGGAACUCAGUUGACUUUGUCAUUCUUACGACAACAAUAUUGGAUUAUCAGAGGUCGUACUACAGUAAAAUCCUUUAUUCAGAAAUGUGUAAUAUGCACUAGGUUUCGGCAAAAAAGAGCACAGCAAUUAAUGGGUCAACUUCCAGUCAAUAGAGUUACACCAUCUCGUGCUUUUCUUAAUUCUGGAAUUGAUUAUGCAGGUCCUUUUGUCAUUAAAACAUGGAAAGGCAAGAAUGCGCGUAAUUACAAGGCUUACGUUGCCUUGUUUGUCUGUUUUGCUACAUUAGCACUACAUUUAGAACUUGUCACAGAUUACACGUCUGACGCAUUCAUUGCAGCUCACAAAAGAUUUACAGCACGAAGAGGAAUCUGUGCCACUUUAACUAGUGAUUGUGGUACUAACUUUGUGGGUGCUGAUAAAGAGCUCAAGAAACUCUUUUCUGAAUCAUCUAGGGAACUCAAACAAAUAGCUAUUCUUCUAGCCAACGAUGGCACUCAGUGGAAAUUUCACCCACCUUCAGCUCCUCAUUUUGGAGGAAAGUGGGAAGCUGGCGUAAAGUCAGUUAAAACUCAUUUAAAAAGAGUUGUUGGAGACCAACUCUUAACAUAUGAAGAAAUGGUUACUUUUCUUACGCAAAUUGAAGCAGUUCUUAAUUCGCGUCCCCUUUACCCUUUAACAGAUGAUCCUGAUGAUCUCACAGUUCUUAAUAGGAACAGCACCUACAAUCAUACCCGAACCAUCGUUAGAGACAGUCAAAAUGUCUCACCUCAGUCGUUGGCAACUGAUCAGGAAGAUGCUAGAAGGCUUCUGGUCUCAGUGAUCAAAAGAGUAUUUACAACGAUACCAUUCCAUUUACAAGUGGAAUAG